UUUGCCCGCCUGUCCUCCGGGGAGAGCGGCGUCGAGGAAGUGGGGAGCACCCCGCCCCCGACUCUGUCCGCGGAGGUGGGCGCAGUGCUGGGCCACCGCUCAGCACCGCGCGCACGAGGGCCGGGGUGGAGGUCGCGGGCAGAAAGGAGCCUCCGGAGCCGCGUCCUGGGCAGACCCGCACAACCCCGCCUCCCGCCCCCUCCGACCUUCCCCUCCUCCGACGCCAUUCCGAGCCGGGACCCCGAGACGGAGAGCGCCCCGUCCCGGAGGUGACGCUGGGACUGGGGCCUGGAUUACCAGAGCCCCGGAUCCUCCGUCGGGGCUCACACCUGCCCGGCCACCCCCGCGCCUCACGUCGGAGGCGGCACCUUGCGGCCUUUGGGGGCUACACCGGCCGCGGUUCCCGGGUGGAUGGUGUGGUGCAGGGCAAGUGCCCGGGGUGGUGGCCCGGGACGCUGGGACGCCUCCUCUGCGCUGGCGGACACGGGCGAGAUCCUUGCGUGGGAGACGGACGGAACGGGGCGUCGCUUCCCGCGUCCGCUGGGGACCAGGGAGCGAGGGUGUGCGGGGAUCCUAGGCGCGAGCCCCGGGGGUGCCCGGGACCGUAGGCUCGAGCCCCGGGCAAGCCCCCAGGAGGAGGCGUCCCUAUCAGCAAUUGCCGAGAUGCAGCUGCUCCUGCUUGUGUCCCUGCUGCUGGCCCCGGCGCCUGGGUCCUCGACUCCCAAGGUGAGGCGGCAGAGUGACACCUGGGGCCCCUGGGGUGACUGGAGCCCAUGUAGUCGGACCUGUGGAGGAGGCGUCAGUUUCCAGGAGCGCCGCUGCUACUCGCAGAGGAGAGAUGGGGGCUCCAGCUGUGUGGGCCCCGCCCGGAAUCACCGCUCUUGCCACACUGAGAGCUGCCCUGAUGGUGCCCGCGACUUCCGGGCGGAGCAGUGCUCGGAGUUCGAUGGCCACGAGUUCCAGGGCCGGCGGUACAAGUGGCUGCCCUACUAUGGGGCUCCAAACAAGUGUGAGCUGACCUGCAUCCCCAAGGGGGAGAGCUUCUACUACAAGCACAGGGAGGCCGUGGUAGACGGGACGCCUUGCGAGCCUGGCAAACGGGACGUCUGUGUGGAGGGCAGCUGCCGGGUUGUCGGCUGUGACCACAAACUAGAUUCAUCAAAGCAGGAAGACAAGUGUCUGCAGUGUGGGGGUGAUGGCACAACCUGCUAUCCUGUCACAGGAACCUUUGAUGCCAGGGACCUCAGCAGAGGCUACAACCAAGUCCUGAUAGUGCCUGUGGGGGCCACCAGCAUCCACAUCGAAGAGGUGGCUGCCAGCAGGAAUUUCCUGGCGGUGAAGAGCGUGCGUGGUGAGUACUACCUCAACGGGCACUGGACCAUCGGGGUCGCCGGAACCCUGCCCGUGGCCAACACCAUCCUGCACUACGAGCGGGGUGCUGAGGGGGACCUGGCACCUGAGAGGCUCCAUGCCCGCGGCCCCACCUCGGAGCCCCUGGUCAUCGAGCUCAUCAGCCAGGAGCCCAGCCCCGGCGUGCGCUAUGAGUACCAUCUGCCCCUGAGUGUCCCCGGGCCCGGCUUCAGCUGGAGCCAUGGCUCGUGGAGUGAAUGCAGUGCUGAGUGUGGCGGAGGUCACCAGUCCCGCCCAGUAUUCUGCACAAAUGACAAUGAGGUCUACCCUGACCACAUGUGCCAGCAGCAGUCACGUCCGGCCAACCACCGCCCCUGCAGCCCUCACCCCUGCCCACAGACCAAGCGCUGGGAGACUGGGCCCUGGGCGCCCUGCUCGGCUUCCUGUGGAGGUGGCUCCCAGUCCCGCUCCGUCUACUGCAUCUGGUCCGAUGGGACUGGCAUCCAGGAGGCUGUUGAGGAGGCCGAGUGUGCAGGUCUGCCUGGGAAGCCCCCUAGCACGCAGGCUUGCAACCUGCAGCACUGUGCAGCCUGGAGUGUGGAGCCCUGGGGAGAGUGCUCUGUCAGCUGCGGUUCUGGCGUCCGGAAGAGGAGAGUCACUUGCCGGGGUCACCAGGGGUCCCUGCUCCACGCCACAGCAUGCUCCUUGGAGGACCAGCCAGCUGUCAUUGAGCCCUGUGUGCAUGAUGACUGUCCUGUCCUUAAUGACCAGGCCUGGCACAUAGGCGCCUGGGGUCUAUGCUCCAAGAGCUGCAGCUCGGGCACUCGGAGGCGCCAGGUCAUCUGUGCCAUUGGGCCACCCAGCCACUGCAGGAACCUGCAGCUGUGGAAGCCUGCAGACGUGGAGCCCUGUAACACACAACUCUGCCAUCUCCCUCCCGAUGUCCCCAGUGUGCAGGACGUGCACACCAGGUCCAGGGCCCCCUGGAUGUCUUUGGACCCUCGGGAGGUCCCCGCCUCAGAUUCUAGAAACCAGGGGUGGACACAUCUGGAGCAGCCCUCCGCCCAGGGUAACCCCAGAGGAAACCAGAGCCCCCACCACCUGCCAGCCUCUGGUCCAGCCCCUUCUCUGCAGCAGUCCCCACGCCAGCAGCCCCUGCAGUCUGGCUCCAGGUUUCAUGACUGCAGACAUAGCCUCCAUGGGUGCUGCCCUGAUGGUCAUACCACGUCUCUUGGGCCACAGUGGCAAGGCUGCCCUGAAGCCUCUUGUAAGCAGAGCAGGUACGGGUGCUGCCCUGACGGGGUGUCUGUGGCUGAGGGGCCCCAUCAAGCUGGCUGUGCAAGGUCUUAUGCUGAUAACAACACCGGGAACAGGCCAGGGUCGAGAGCAGUGGCCUCCACAGUCCCCAAGGCCCAUCAGCCCCAGGCCCAGCAGAAUGAGCCCAGUGAGUGCCGGGGUUCCCAGUUUGGCUGUUGCUAUGACAAUGUGGCCUCUGCAGCAGGCCCUCUUGGGGAAGGCUGUACGGGCCAGCCCAGCCAUGCAUACCCCGUGCGGUGCCUGCUGCCCAGCGCCCACGGCUCCUGUGCAGACUGGACUGCCCGUUGGUACUUCAUUGCCUCCGUGGGCCAGUGUAACCGCUUCUGGUAUGGUGGCUGCCACGGCAAUGCCAAUAACUUUGCCUCAGAGGAGGAGUGCAUGAGCAGCUGCCAGGGCUCUCGACGUGGGCCCCACCAACCCAAGCCUGGGGCCUCUGGCCAGAGCACCCACAGAGAGGGUGGCAGCAGCAGUCCUGGAGGCCAGCAGGAGGCCAGCCAGCACAGGCCCGGGGCCACGGUCCAGAGAAAGGCCUUGCCUUCUGGUGGCCUCCAGUGGCAAGACCCAGAGCCUGGGCCCAGGGAGGGGUACCACACGCAGGCCUUAGAACGGCCCUGGGGCCAGGAGCUGAGGCCCAGCGCUCCUGGACUGGGCGGAGAGGCCAGUCGGCCAGCACCACCCUCCCAUAGCUCCUCCUACAGGAUUAGCUUGACAGGCGUGGAGCCCUCUCUGGUCCAGGCGGCCCUGGGGCAGUUGGUGCAGCUUUUCUGUGCAGAUGACACCUCCCUGGACCCCCAUACCAGGUGGCAGAAAGACGGGCAGCCCAUCUCCUCUGACAGGCACAGGCUGCAGCCUGAUGGCUCCCUGGUCAUCAGCCCCCUGCGGACAGAGGAUGCUGGCACCUACAGCUGUGGCAGCUCCAGGCAGGGCCGUGACUCUCAGAAGAUCCAGCUUCGCAUUACAGGGGGUCACACGGCAGUGCUGCCUGAGGUGGAGCCAAGGCACUUCCCUCAGACCAGGGACCCAGCCCAGGGCUACAGUCCCCAGGACUCCAGUCUAGGGGGGGAUGCUGGGGGCCUGGGGGCCAUCUCCUCUCGUCCACGGCCCACGACCAGGCUGCGCCUGGACCGGAACCAGCCUGGUGUGGUAGACGCCCAACCAGGCCAGCGGAUCCGGUUGCCCUGUCGUGCUGAGGGCUUCCCACCCCCAACCAUCGAGUGGCAGAGAGAUGGGCAGCCCCUCUCUUCUCCCAGACACCAGCUGCAGCCCGAUGGCUCUCUGGUCAUCAGCCAUGUGGCUGUGGAAGACGGUGGCUUCUAUGCCUGUGUCGCCUUCAAUGGGCAGGACCGCGACCAGCGAUGGGUCCAGCUCCGAGUUCUGGGGGAGCUGACAAUCACAGGGCUGCCCUCUACUGUGACGGUGCCAGAAGGUGACACGGCCAGGCUGCUGUGUGUGGUGGCAGGAGAAAGUGUGAACAUCAGAUGGUCCAGGAAUGGGCUGCCGCUAUGGGCCGAUGGCCACCGUGUCCACCAGUCCCCAGACGGCACACUGCUGAUCCACAACCUGCGGGCCAGGGACGAGGGCUCCUACACGUGCAGUGCCUACCGUGGAAGCCAGGCAGUCAGCCGCAGCACAGAGGUGAAGGUGGUCCCGCCAGCAGUGGCCGCCCAGCCAAGGGACCCCAGGAGGGAGUGCAUCGACCAGCCUGAGCUGGCCAACUGUGAUUUGAUCCUGCAGGCCCAGCUCUGUGGCAAUGAGUAUUACUCCAGCUUCUGCUGUGCCAGCUGUUCCCGUUCCCGGCCUCAUGCUCAACCAGUCUGGCAGCAGGGAUGAAGGCCUGGCUCCAGCCCCAGUUCUGAAACAACUCUUAGAGCUGGGGAGAGGGGCAGAGAGACUCUUGGUCUCCCCUUUCUGGCCGCAAGGAGUAGUCUUCUGGAGACACUUGCCCCACUAGUGUUGAGCCUCAGCAACAGCCAGUCUAGCCUUCUGAGCCCAGCAGUGUUUGCAUCUCCGACAUGAUAACAGGAGGCUGCUGAGUUGUCAAGAAGAGGAAUAUGAUUGGAUAAGGCCCCCAUUACUUUACAACUUCUCUCCGUAAUUUGUUACACAGGAUCAGUUCAUUGUGAUAAAACAAGCAACCAGGUUCUCACUUCAUUCUAAGGUGUGGAAUGAUUUUAAAGUUAACAUCUAUCUCAUAUGGGGAACACUCACUCCUGCUGUGACAGGGAAGUAUUCUUGCUAGAACUAGAUCUCACCCGGGGUCAAACAGUGGUCUAGUGCUCUACUUUCUCUCUCACCCUUGUAGGUAGUAUAGCGACAAGCUUCAAAUCUCAUCUGUGCAUACGGUUAACAGCAUAGUGUUGGUGAAAGUUCUCGGCAAAGUGGAAUAUAAUGUAAGGCUCAGAACAGGGAUUUGGGAUGAAAAAGUAGCACUUGGAUUAUUAUGGAAGAACUGGAAAAGUGCCUUGCUUUCAUCGGGAAGCUGGAGCCUGAAGCCCUUGUACUGAGGCCGACACAGUGAACUGGCGUGAGGAUGGUCUCACACCCGUAUGGGCGGGAUUGCUGGGCCUGCUUUAUAUUGGGACCAACGAGGAGCCUUUCCUCCUCAAGUAGGAAUCUGUGCUGCCCGAUCAAAGCCAGUCUAUUAUUAAAAACAGCAACAGCAGGAUGGGGGCGCCCAAUGGAGGGGAGGGCAAUGUAGUAAUAGCACGUGGCUUCAGAAAUGGUUUGAGAUGGAGGAAGUCAUUCUUCAUCUCAGAAUCUCCAAUGCCUUGCUUCAAAAUAAGAGGCCUGGAUUCAAUGAGCUUCCAAGUCCCUUUCCACUUGAACCUUCUACAAAUCCCAUAGGGGACUGGCUGGGCCUAGUGACAGAGGUUACUGUGGGACACAGAAAAGACAGGCUUUACAGGGAAAGGUGACUUUUAUUACCACCAUGCUGGCUGGAAAAGGGAUAAACUACGCCAUGGGUAAGGGACACUUCUCAGUCUGCGUGUCCUUCAACAAAGGAAACAUGGGCCGGGGGCAGGGGUCUUUUCUUUCCAUUUAAAAAAAUAUAGUGAGGAGAAUCCCCUCUCACUUACAUGGCUGAUAUUGCUAUCGAAAUUGGAAAAUAAGGGCCACUUUCUUGGAUUCCCCAGUGCUUUAAUUAAACCAGUAUUUGGCCUAUUGGCAACACACUUCAGACGGUAAGUUUCAGGUUAGCUAGCGCUUCCUAGAACUCGUCACACAAUAGUGGACUAAGGGUCAAGGUGAGAGUAAGACUCAGUCUAGACUAGUGGUUCUCAACCCUCUUUCAUACUGGGAGCUUUUUAAAAAACAACCUGGGGUUGCACUCCCCCGAGAUUUGGAUUUAAUUGGCCUGGAGUAUGCGCAGGGCAUGAGGAUUUUAAAAGCUUCCCAGGUGACUGUGAUCAGUAUCCAAGGUUGAGAAUCACGCUCCAUCCCUGGACUUCCGACUGUAAAUUUCGUUCAAAUGGGGACUCUUCUUACGUGUUCUGGGGUGGGCUGAUAUCCUGCGUCUCUAACCAGCUCCCAGGUGACGUCUGUGCUGCUGUCCAGAGCACACUUUGAGCAGCAAAAAUCUGAUGUUAGAGAUGCGCUUAGGAAUAACCGAAGC